GAACAAAUCUGAUUGGCUGUGAGAUAGUCAGCAUCGAUAAGCCAGAGAAGUCGACAGUUGUCGACAGUCCUUAUUUGCGAACAAGAUGUCGACCGCCGAGUUAAAUCCGAGACCUUUGCGAGUUUCUCCUUUCAUCAAGUUUUGCCGUUGGAGUUUACUUGUUACUGGAAUUGCUUAUGGUGCGUUCCAUCAUAGGAGAUACAGUAAAAGAGAAAAUGCACGCAGAGAAGAGGAGUUGAGACUUAAACCUAUGCGCGAUGCCAAGCUAGCUGAAGAAAAGAGACUUGCUAAAAUAGCGGAAGACAAAAUGCUGGAAGAGUUGAUGACACCAUCCAAAAAGACAUAAGCCCUACCUGUUUGACGUUACUAGUAAAUUUAUUCAUGAGUUAUUGUUCGAUUGAUUUAUUUGCAUCUGUACAACUAGUCGAUGUAUCCUGACAGCAUUAUGUCAUACAAUAAAAUCUACAUUGUACAAAAAUAUUAAAUAAAAUCUCUAUGAAGAUUA